AUGAAGUUUGCCUGGGAUAACUACAAGCAGUUUGCGCUGGGGAAGAACGAGCUGCGGCCGGUGACGAAGAACGGCUACACGGGUGGCAUGUUCGGAGGCCUUGGUGGGGCCACAAUCAUUGAUGCCUUAGACACUCUGUAUAUCAUGGAGUUGGAGGACGAGUUCCGAGAGGCCAAAAACUGGGUGGAGAAGAGCUUUGACUUGGAUGUGAAAGGAGACGCUUCUGUGUUUGAAGUGAACAUCCGAUACAUUGGUGGACUCCUCUCAGCCUACUACCUGACAGGAGAAGAGGUCUUCCGAGAGAAGGUCAUCAAACUCGGAGAAAAGCUUCUGCCAGCCUUCAACACCCCCACUGGAAUUCCCCGGGGGAUGGUAAACUUUGGGAGUGGUGUCAGCAGGACUUGGGGCUGGGCAUCUCUGGGGAGCAGCAUCCUGGCAGAGUUUGGAUCCCUACACCUGGAGUUCUUACAUCUCACCAAGAUCUCUGGCAACCCGAUCUUCGCUAGAAAGGUGAAGAAUAUCCGCAGGGUGCUCAACAGAACCGAGAAGCCCAAAGGCCUUUAUCCCAACUUCCUCAGCCCGGUCAGCGGCAGCUGGGUCCAACACCAUGUCUCUAUUGGAGGACUCGGGGACAGUUUCUAUGAAUAUUUGAUCAAGGCCUGGUUGAUGUCAGCCAAGACAGACAUAGAAGCUAAAAAUAUGUACUAUACUGCCCUUGAGGCUAUAGAAACCCACUUGCUACAGAAAUCCCAGGAGGGACUGACCUACAUUGCCGAGUGGAAAGGGGGUGUCCUGGACCAUAAGAUGGGCCACUUGGCAUGUUUUUCUGGUGGCAUGAUUGCCCUGGGGGCUGAGGAUGCAGAAAUGGGGAAGAGAAAGCAUUACAUGGAGCUUGCUGCCCAGAUCACAAGGACAUGUCAUGAGUCUUACAUCCGCACAGACACCAAGCUGGGACCGGAGGUGUUUUGGUUUGAUUUUGGAAGUGAAGCCACAACAUCCAGCCCGAGUGAGAGCUACUACAUCCUGCGGCCGGAGGUGGUGGAAAGUUACAUGUACAUGUGGCGCCUGACCCAUGACCCCAAGUACCGUCAGUGGGGCUGGGAAGUUGUUGAGGCCCUAGAAAAAUACUGUCGGACAGAAACAGGCUUCUCUGGGAUCCGGAACGUUUAUACUAUGUUUCCUGAACAUGAUAAUAUGCAACAGAGUUUUUUCCUGGCAGAGACAUUAAAGUACCUCUAUUUGCUGUUCUCUGAAGAUGAUCUCCUCUCCUUGGAAGACUGGGUAUUCAACACAGAAGCCCACCCACUCCCAGUGGGCCACAUACACAGUCCAGCCAGAGCCCACUAGCCCCUGCCUCUGGACAGCUGCCAUCUUUGCUGCCAGGAUCUGGGCAUCCCCACCAACAAGAUCUGCUUUUCAAGGAAGAGUCAGGCCCACGUUCCCAACUCAGACAGACAUUGGGUGGGGCAAAUUCCUUGGACAGGCACCUUCUUUUCCUCUAUGAGGAACCACGCCGACCUCGAGGCGAGACCUUGGUCAAAGGCCAUCCAGUACACAGACCAUGGACAUUCCUUUCUACAGAGAAUUUCUAUGAAACCCACUGACUUUUCAUUCCAGGGGCCAGAGGGAGAAAAAGCCAACUAUGAAAGAAGGCCCUUCUCCCCUCCCUCCCAUUCUGUCUUGUUUUACCUUUUUUUCUAUGCAGUUGGAUUUUAUUCCCAUUUAUAAUCACCGUUUUCAAUAUGAUGUGCUUUCUUAUGUAAUGUCAUCAUGAUAAACUGAGUCAGCCACUCUCUUCUCCCAUCUUGGCCUGAUUUUAUAUAUUUUCUGUGCUUUUUACCCACCAUUUACCAUUAAUUUCCAUUCAUUUCACCUGGCUCUCAGAUCUGGGGAGAGAGGCUGCCUCUGCUCCUCAAGGUGAAGCAGAGCUGUCAAUCACUGGCCCUCUCUUCCCUGCUACCCAUGAACCAGAAUAAAUGAGCUUGUGAAAUAUGGACCACGGGUGGGUCGAUCCUCCAGCAUCGAGGCCCAGGGAACCCCAUGCUGUAUUAUUGUCUGCAAUAAAAAUUGAUUUGAGAAAUGCUUUUAGCAAGCGU